CCCACCGGGACGUUAAUAAGGGAGAGAUGAAUGUAUGAGACGCAGUGAAGACUGGAAGAAAGGAGACUGGAGGAGUGAAGGUUCGCCCCUGUACGGAGGGAGUGAGGCCCUCUGAAGCUGCAGGCUGUUAUCCCCCCAGGCCGUCUUGUCCCUCCAUCAUGGCUCUGGCCCUGUGGUUGCUGUGUACCUGUGCCGUCACCCUCAGUAACAUCGCCCCCUCUGCUCAAGCCUUAAGUCGUUCCAUGAUGCCUUUCGGCUUGAUGAGGAGGGAGCUGGCGUGCGAGGGUUACCCCAUCGAGCUGCGCUGCCCGGGCAGCGACGUCAUCAUGAUCGAGACGGCCAACUACGGACGCACCGACGACAAGAUCUGUGACGCCGACCCUUUCCAGAUGGAGAACGUGCAGUGCUACCUGCCCGAUGCCUUCAAGAUCAUGUCACAGAGGUGUAAUAACCGUACGCAAUGUGUGGUGGUCGCUGGGUCAGACGUGUUUCCCGAUCCUUGUCCAGGAACUUACAAGUACCUGGAAAUUCAGUAUGAGUGUGUGCCAUACAUCUUUGUAUGUCCGGGGACUUUGUUGAGGGUUCAAGCGGCGAGUUCACAGAAGGAGGCGGAGCAUCAGUCGGGGGCGUGGUGCAAGGACCCGCUGCAGUCAGGUGACCGGCUGUACGUCAUGCCGUGGACGCCGUACCGGACGGACAUUCUGUAUGAAUACGCGUCGUGGGACGACUUCACCCAGAACCGCGCCACCACCACCUACAAGCUGCCCAAUCGAGUGGACGGGACGGGCUUCGUGGUGUACGACGGUGCCGUGUUCUACAACAAGGAGCGGACACGAAACAUCGUCAAGUAUGACCUGCGUACACGCAUCAAAAGCGGCGAGGCCAUCAUCGCCAACGCCAACUACCAUGACACCUCGCCCUACCGCUGGGGGGGGAAGUCCGACAUCGACCUGGCCGUGGACGAGAACGGCCUGUGGGUCAUCUACGCCACCGAGAGCAACAACGGCCGCCUGGUGGUCAGUCAGGUGAACCCGUACACGUUGCGUUUCGAGGGCACAUGGGAGACGAGUUUUGACAAGCGGCUGGCGUCCAACGCCUUCAUGGCGUGCGGCGUGCUGUACGCCGUGCGCUCCGUCUACCAGGACGACGACAGCGAGGCGGGCGGGGAUCUGGUGCUGUACGCCUACAACACCAACCGCAACCAAGAGGAGCCCGUGCACAUCAUCUUCCCCAACCCCUACCAAUACAUCUCCUCCAUCGACUACAACCCCCGCGACAACCAGCUCUACGUCUGGAACAACUACAACGUGCUGCGCUACCCGCUGGAGUUCGGCCCGCCCGACCCCACCACAGGACCACUGUUCACCACUCAGAUGUCCAGCACCACGCCUUCCCGGUCGUUCUCGUCCACCUCCAGCCCGUCCACCAUGCGCCCCCUACCUGCCACCUUUCACCCCAUCGGCGCCAUAAACAAAGCUCCCGAACUGCGUCCCAUCACCGCUACGGUCCCCGUGACCCGUCGCCCCCCACGCCCACGUCCACGCCCACCCCAGGAGCCCGAGCUGCAGGAGGGGUGUGACCCAAGCGUAGCACGAGGCGUCCAGUGGCCCAGCGCGCAGAGGGGCGAGACGGUGGAGCGGCCAUGCCCUAAAGGAUCCCUGGGCAUCGCGUCUUUCCAGUGUCAGUCCUCCCCGGUGCAGUGGAACCUGCGAGGUCCUGACCUCAGUAACUGCACCUCUCCCUGGGUCAACCAGGUGGCCCAAAAGAUAAAGAGUGGCGAGAACGCGGCGAACAUCGCCAGUGAGUUGGUGAAUCACACGCGGAGUCGGAUCCACGCCGGAGACGUCAGCUCGUCUGUCCGUCUCAUCGAGCAGCUGCUGGACAUCCUGGACGCUCAGCUGCAGCCUCUGAGACCCGGAAACAAAGAGUCGGCCACCCGCAACUACAACAAGCUACAAAAGAGGGAGAGGACCUGCCGAGCAUACAUUCAGGCCGUGGUUCAGACGGUAGAUAAUCUGCUGCGUGUGGAGGCUCUGGAUGCCUGGAGAGACAUGAACAGCAGUGAGCAGGCUCACACUGCCACCAUGCUUCUGGACGUGAUGGAGAAAGGAGCUUUCCUGCUCGCCAAUAACAUGUACGACACACACUUCAGUGACCACGCCCCCAACAUUGAUCUGGAGGUUCACAUAUUGAACACAGAUAUGGAUCCACAGGAUUUGGCCUUCCCUCAAAGGAGCUCUGGUGAAAGCAGCAUCCUUCUGCCAGCCUCCACCGUCAAACAGUACAGCCGCAACGGUCAGGUGAAGGUUGUCUUUUUGCUGUAUAAGAACCUGGGAUCGUUCCUCUCCACCGAGAACGCCACUGUGAAGAUGGAAGUGGAGCCAGGGCCAGGACCUGGACCUGGGGGGCGGAGCUUAGUCGUCAACUCGCACGUCAUCGCCGCGUCCAUCAACAAAGAGUCGAGCCGGGUGUUUCUAACCGUGCCUGUGGUGUUCACCUUGAAGCAUCUGCAGCUGGAGAACCACUUCAGCCCGAACUGUUCGUUCUGGAACUACUCGGAGCGAUCGAUGACGGGUCAGUGGUCGUCUCAGGGCUGCAAGCUGCUGGAUACCAACGGCACACACACCACCUGCUCCUGCUCCCACCUCACCAACUUCGCUGUGCUCAUGGUGCAGCACGAGCCCAGUUACCAGGAUCAGAUGCACGAGGUGCUGCUGGUUGUGAUCACGUGGGUGGGGAUCAUCAUCUCACUGGUGUGUCUGGCCAUCUGCAUCUCCACCUUCUGCUUCCUGAGAGGCCUGCAGACGGACCGCAACACCAUCCACAAGAACCUGUGCAUCAACCUCUUCAUCGCCGAGCUCCUGUUCCUCAUCGGCAUCAACAAGACGCAGUACCAGAUCGCGUGUCCGAUCUUCGCCGGCCUCCUGCACUUCUUCUUCCUGGCUGCGUUCUCGUGGAUGUGCCUGGAAGGCGUGCAGCUCUACCUGAUGCUGGUGGAGGUGUUUGAGAGCGAGUAUUCCCGAAAGAAGUACUACUACCUGUGCGGCUACUGCUUCCCGGCGCUGGUGGUGGGCAUCUCGGCGGCCAUCGACUACCGCAGCUACGGGACCAAGAAAGCGUGCUGGUUGCGGGUUGAUAACUACUUCGUGUGGAGCUUCAUCGGCCCCGUGUCCUUCAUCAUCAUGCUGAACCUGGUGUUCCUGAUGGUCACCCUUCACAAGAUGGUUCGCAACUCGUCCGCCCUCAAACCCGACUCCAGCCGUCUGGACAACAUCAAGUCCUGGGCUCUCGGGGCCGUCACUCUGCUCUUCCUCCUCGGCCUCACCUGGGCUUUCGGCCUUCUCUUCAUCAACGAGAAAACGGUCAUCAUGGCGUACCUGUUCACCACCUUCAACGCCUUCCAGGGCAUGUUCAUCUUCAUCUUCCACUGCGCCCUGCAGAAAAAGGUCCAUAAGGAGUACAGUAAGUGUUUGCGUCACUCGUACUGCUGUGGACGCUCGUCUAACUCCAGCUCUCACGGCUCGCUGAAAAACUCCGCACUGCGCACCAACAACCGCUAUUACACCAGCAGCCAGGCCCGGCACGCUGCAGCACACAGACAGAGCCGAAUCCGUCGCAUGUGGAACGACACGGUGAGGAAGCAGACCGAGUCGUCCUUCAUGGCAGGAGACAUCAACAGCACUCCCACCCUCAACCGUGCACCCAUGGGAAAUCACCUGUUGGCCAACCCAGUGUUGCAGACACGGACAGGUUCUUCUCCGUACAACACCCUGCUGACUGAGAGCUUCACACCUCCAUCACCUGGAGUCUUUAACUCCACUGGAACCUUCCGUGAUCCAAAGAGCACUCUGGCUAGGAAUCGGGACCACGGCGGAAUGGAGACGCUGCCACUGAACGGCAAUUUCAACAACAGCUACUCUCUGCGUGCCGGAGUUGCCGGCCCGGGUGGACAAGGUGGCAGCUGCGACUUCCUCGGGGGCGGGUCCGACGAGAGUCCGCCUCCUCUGCUGAACCCACGCGGUGCGGAGACACUGGGAGGGAUCCGGCGCAACCUGUCUGACGCGGCCGCCUUUGAGAAGAUGAUCAUUUCCGAGCUGGUGCACAACAACCUGCGGCAAGGCGGCGGGGAGAGAAUCGGCGGUACCCUGGUGCGAGGGCGUACGACCGGAGUGGGGGUUGGGACGGGGACGGGGACGGUGGCGGUGGCGAGUGCAGGGGCCGGAGUCGAUCGGGUGACUGCUGCGGAACAGGAAGCAGAGGACGAGGGCCAGCGGCACCGGACGCCACAAGACGUGGAGCUGCUAUACAAGGCUCUAGAGGAACCGUUGCUCCUGCAGCGCGCCCAGUCGGUUCUCUACCAGAGUGACGCCGAGGAGAGCGAGAGCUACAUGAACGACUCGAACGAGAGCCACGGGCACAGUGCAGCCGCGACGGGCACAGGCACGGGUCCGGACUCGCCCGCCCGGGACUCGCUGUACACCAGCAUCACCAACCUGCGUGACUCACCGUACCCAGACAGCAGCCCCGACGAGCUCUACUACAGCUCGGGCAGACCUGCACUGGGCAGCGCCAUGCACACCUUCUACCCGACGCCCCCAUCGAGGCCCGUAGCCGACACCCAAACCCACGCCCACACCCACAAUCCCCCCGAGCCCCCACACGCCGAAGGGGACGGACAGAUGCAGCUGGUCACCAGCCUGUGACUGCGAGUAAACCCCCCCAGUGUCUCACACCCAUUCCGUUUCUGUUCCUUUCUCUCGGUUUGCUAGUUCGGAAGUGUAAACAGAGAGAAGUCUCAGCUCGGUCUCAGUGGCAGCAGGCUCUAUAAGGCAGCUCCGGAGCAAACCUAGUCCACACACUCCCUCGGUUGAUUCCCAAGUCCAAAGCUCCCUCAGCAACUGAGGAUAUUUUCAACCAUUCCCCAUGGAUUUUAUAGGCGAUACCUCUUCUGUUUUUUCUUUUUUCGUCGUUGUUGUUGUUUUUUUUUUGUUGUUGUUGUUUUUUUUUUUUUAUCCUUAUCAGUUCCAAAGUGUUUUCUUUUUCUGGUUUUACUCCCAUUUCUUCUCCCUUUCAUCGUUUAUUGAGAGCCGAUACGCCUGGAGAAGGAGGGUUCACCGUUACGCAUCAGCGUGCAAAGAACUCUCUGUCUCGCUCUGAAAGCUCUUCAGUGUUGCCAAAAAUACAUUUUUUGAGCCAGAACACAAACUGGAACGCGCACGCACACACACACACACACACACACACACACACACAAGUGCACAAACAUAAGUGCUUGUUACUGAACGUCAGACCGUGAAGAACUGCACUCAUGAAGGCAGCAGCAGGAAGAAGCUGCCCCUGUGGAGUUGCCUUUAUUCCCUUCCCCUGCUCUCGCUCUCUUUCUUUCUUUCUUUCUUUCUUUCUUUCUCUCUCUCUCUUCGGAUGGACUCUGAUGUACAGGACUCAUAACAAGACUUGACACGGCUGCACCUGGCCACAGGACUCGUUACUGAUGCUCUAUUUAAAAGGAGAUUUUGUGUGUUUCUGAGACCGGCCCCGUGGACAUCGCGGACAGCCCCCCAUUAUCGUUACCGAGGGUUUGGAGAACGUCUUCUUCUUCUUCUUUUUUUUUUUUUCCCCCCCUUUGUUGUUUUUUUCAAGGUUUUCCUGGGUGUUCUCCGAGCCUGCUACUAAAACGCCUGUACAUACGAACCUUGAAAAUCAAUAACACAAAACCUAGCGCCAAUCCUAUUCUGUAAAUAGAGACCAGAUGAACAAAAGCAACAAAAAAAAAAAAAAAAAAAAAAAAAUUUACAGGAUGAACUACUACGAGAGCGACCGAUUUCUUGUACUGAGACGAAAGUCGGGAAAAAAAAAAAAAAAAAAAAAAAGAGUGACGCAAAAAUUUAAAUAAAGACUUUUGGGAGUUUGUGAUCUAAAUGACACGGUCAAUCCAUCUCUCCCUCCCUGUUUCGUUCACUCUCUCAGGCUCUCAUUUACCCCUGCCCCAUUGAAUUGUGGGAAAACUGUGUCGACAGUGUGUGUGUGUAUGUGAGAGAGAGGAAGGAAGGAAGAAAGAGAGGGAACGUUUGUGAAGAAACAAGGAAAGUAAAAAAAAAACUAGCCCUGGCACAAUUUUUAUGUAUUAUAACCCAUCGUUAACGUUCGACAGGUUUCAUGAUUCGUGCCUCGGGAAAGGGACACGGGGGCAGGGCGGUGUGGGGAGGGGUGGGACUGUGGCUUUAUCGACAGCAGCCAUAAUGUAGUGUUGGUUGUGUCUUGUUAGACUGAUGUAAUAGAUAUCAGAUAACUAGAUUACCGAUACCUAGGACAAAAAAAUAAAUAUAUAUAUAUAUAUAUAUAUAUAUAUAUAUAUCUGAGAUGCAAACGAUGGGACGCAAUUCGAUCACGGAUCACGUCACGGGCGAAGCUCUAUUUCACUGUUUCUAAAAUCACAACAAUCUGCCAUCGGAGCCAAAUUCGACGGUUCGACGGUGGAUUUGUGAUUUGUGUGUGUGUGUGUGUGUGUGUGUGUGCGUGAGGAUGUUUGGUUCGAGUGCGUACGUUCGGGUGCCUGAAAUGCUGAAGUGCUUGUACUUUAAGAAGCUAUUUUUUUGCCAGGUUAGUUAGGCCCGUGUUAAAAGAGGAAGCAGAGUUAAAAAAAAAUAAAGAAAUAAAUAAAUAAAUAAUGUAUAUCUGUAACAGAACGCUAUAUUUGCUCCCGCCUCGGAGCCUUCGCUAGGUGUCAGGAAUACUGUUAUUUCGGAGCUCAGUGCCAUGGAAACUGGGAUCAUCAAGCGUCACGCCUGAAAAAGCAGGAAUUAGCAUUUCAUUAGGACGGGCAGGCAGUUCUGACUAACGAGACACGUGCUCCGUGUGCUAGAAUCACCGUGUUUAAAUGUGCAGCCUCACGCGGAGGUCGUCAUGCGUCUUCAGAAAUGUGUCCUUCUUUCGGGGAAACCUUUUUCCACUGCGAGUACCAGAACUUUUUGGCACUAGAAAGCCAGAACUGUGCUUUUUUUUUUCUUUCAUCGACAGUGGUCCUGUAUUAUCAAAGGUUACGGCUGGAGCAGUACUAAGUGACAGUACUUGGGGGCGGGGCUAGCAGCACUUUUCAUUGUUCAAAAUGUGUUGAUUACAUUAAUUACAAUGUUACUUUAGGGAUUUUUUUUUUUUUUUUUUUUUUUCCAGAUUUUACCUCAACGACUGGUUGGAAUAAAAAUCAUUUUAAUUUCA